AUGAAGUAUCUUGAGUCAUGUGUGAAGACAAGGUACAUUCUCAGAGGUCAAUUGGCAAAAAUUGCACCGUUGGCAAAUGUGAAUAUCCGAGUCAACAUUCCGACUGAGAAAGGUUCUUCACAUGACGACUAUGUUGUUGACAAAGACUUACCAUGGUUGAAGAUUGUAAUUGUCCACAACCACUUCAUGUUGAACGAAAGUCUUACAAACCCAUUGUUCGGAAAAGGCAAAUGCAACAUUGUCAGAGCUGUUAACAUUCUUUUCGAGAAAGGUUUGUUGGAACCAAUUCCAGAUGACAAGCUGACAGAAACUUUUGUACCAAAAGAUGAAACAAACUUUUCAUUGUUGGUAAGACCAAAAGUUGUUCCAGACAAAGUUAUAGCACAAAAGAAGUACACUGUUCCAAAAGGAGUUGGAUUGUUCGGAUACCAACCUGAACCAGAAGAACUUCCAAUGAGGUUGCAAGAACUUCAAGAUGCUAUAAACAAACUUCCAUUGAGACAUCCAAUUGACGUCAAAUUGUAUUGGAGAGCAUCGGAGUUAGGUCAGAAGGUUUUAUAUGAAACAGGUUGCUUCGACGAUGUUUAUGAGAUAACAGGAGAAGUUUCUCAGAAGAUAAGAGACUCACUUGAAUUUCCACGAACUGGACCCAUUGGUUGCGACAAGUUCGACUCAGAUGAAAAGAUAUACUAUGUCGACCUUAACGCUGCGUACAUGAGGUUCGUCCAAUAUAUCCCGACUGGAAUUCCAAACGAAGAUGGUGAGUUCCCAGGAAGGAACUAUACAGUUGGAAAAGUCAUACAACAACUGUAUGAUAUUAGGAAAGCUUCAAACCCCAAACUUGCAAUGACACUCAAAUUGCUUAUGAAUUCGACAUGGGGAUAUUCCAUUAAGAAACCUCAAGAGAUGA